ACCUUAGCCACAGGCCCACGGCCUCGACAGGGCAAGUAACCCAUCGCGUUCGCGAUGGUGGCGGCGGCGGCGACUGGCCGGCGUGAUCACCGAUGUGUGGCAGCCACUUUCUGAUGACUCACAGACUGCAAUUCGCUGUCAGAUCCCACGAAUUUCACCGUUUCCAGAGGCCUCCAGUACGCAACACUGUGUGUACUUGUAUAUGCUCUGCUCGAGAAACCAAACGCGAUUUAGUUUAUCGGUAUUUUUCUGUUUUGCCGGCUUUUCAUUGAAAGUGGUGAAGGUUCGUUAUUUUUUGGUGUUUUGAGUGAUUCAUAUAAGUGAUUUCUGAUUGUGGAUCUGGAUCUGGCUUUUAACGCAGUUGGAAAGUGAUUUAAGGGAUCUUUAAACAGACGAUACCGAACGAAUCAGCCAGCGCUUAGUCCACCUAGCCAAAGAACAAGGCUCUACUGAUAACAUCUCUGUGAUAGUCGUAUUCCUUCGAGAACCAUCAAAGAUCGCAGCGGAGGCCCAUUGGGCGAACCGCAAUCUAAAUUCUGUGACCAUGGAGGAGGGAUUCAAUAAUGCCAAUAAUCCUUUCGGAGUUACCAACGGUUCCACCACUGACAAUAUUAUACAACCAAGAUCGGAAAACCUAUUACUGAAUACCGAUAAAUUUAAACAGAAUGGUACAGAUGUUUCACCACCAGAAGAAUUUUUUGAAAAAUCUAAUGGCAAACGACGGGCUUCCGAAUUCGAUGAUGAUGACGAGUUUGGUCCAGAAACAGAUGUAGAUACAGUAGAUGAUCUCCUUUCUCCAGGUUUAAAAGACGAAGUUCCUAAAUCCUUUGCUGAUGGUUUUCCAUCUCCCAAUAACAAUCCGCUAAUGGAAGGAGGAGUCUUCAAUCCGUUUAUGGAACAUCAAGAAAAGGCAGCACUGGAAAUGGAAAAGAAUAUGAGAAAAAGGGAAACUAGGGAUCUCUUUGACGACGACGAAAUGAUUGGUAGAGAUGAAACCCCAACACCACCUGCAGAUGCUGUUCAUGAUGUUAGUGGGCUAGUGGAUAGCGAAUCUGACGAGGACGAGUGGAACUACAUCAAAGGAGAGGAAGCAAAUAAAGAAAAUAUAUCGCCGCAGCCAGAAAAAGAGGUUGCCGACAUUCCUGAAGAGGACGACACCAUGUCACAGCUGAACCCUAAUGCUGCAGAAUUUGUUCCCGUCUCUCCAACAAGAAGUAUACCGUCUCCAGCCUGCAGAAUGUUAAUCAACGAUCCAAUAGUAUCCCAGUCGCCGAAAAAGGCCAAUGAUAUCGAUAUCAGUCUUCCCAAUCCCAAAGAUUUCGAAAGAGAAGUAAAAUCUAGGCCUAGCGAAGUUGACUCUUGUAACAAUGGUCACAAAGAAGAUGAUGAUCACAACACUUCGAUGGAUUUGAUAGAAAACAUCUUGAAUGGCAAAAAUAUAGACGAAAUUCCCGAAUUCCAGCCCGGCAGCACCCCUAAAAAAGUCUUCCAAAACGAAGAAUUUCACUUCGGUCCUAAUGCUGCCCCAUUUUCCCCCAAACUUUUGGACCAAUCGGAAGCUUUGUCUACGAAGGCUCUAUUUGGAGAUGAAUCAUCCCUAGCGACAGUAGAUACUUCAUUCAAUGAAUCGGCUAGCCAAGAUUUGAAUAUUUUGAAUAAAGAAUCUGACCCUAUGUCUAUGUCUAUUUAUGCUGAUAAAGGCGAAUCAAAUCCGUUUGACUUGGAUAAAGUUCAACAACUACCAGAUGAUCUAGAUGAGUUCUUAAAAGAACCUGAUAAUGAUACUACUUUCAAUGAAACUAUAUCAGACUUACCAGAUCAUUGUCCACUAGAGGACUUAAAGAACAAUGAUGAUAUCUUAAAAACCACAGAUAUAGACAAACCAUCUUAUGAUGAUGAAGAAAAAGAAUUGGCUUCACCUUUGGAAACUGAAAAAGAGUUAAUAAACUCUGAAGAAAAUUUAUUAGAAGAAUUUUGCCAUCUUCCUCAGAAACCACAAGAAUUUAUAACUAAUAUUAUAUCUGAUUCUUCUGAAGUUAGCGACCUAUUGAGGACUGGCCCAGAAAAUAUACCUGCUGAAGUAGAACUUUUACCCACAGUAGAUCUACAACCAUUUGAAAACUUGUCAGAUUCUAAUGUUGGACUUUCGAAUGUGUCCUCUGAAAGAAUACUAGAUUCCAAUGCUGAAUCUUCUGAAAAAUUAUCAGACUCCAACAUUGAAAUUUCAAAUAUUUCUUCUGAACAGUUUCGAGACUCCAGCAUUGACAUCUCACAUUUGGUACCUGAAAAAUUGUCAGACCCCAGUGUUGAAGAUUCAACGCUACUAGACAAAUCAGAUGCCAAUAUUGAAUAUUUACCUACUGAACCCAAACCAGUAUUUAAUCUUAAAUCUACCGAAUCUUCAAAUCCGGGUUUUGAAACAGAAUCUGAAACAUUUGAAGGCCUACAAGACGCCGUUUCUGCAAGAUCUGAACAACUUCACGUUGAUUUUUCAGCAUUUGAGAGACCCGAGUCGAUACCUUCUGUUUGUGAUUUAGAAGAAUCUAAAUCUCCAAUGCCAGAAGAGCCAAUGUCUGCUGGUUCAGAAGACUUCACCCGACCAGAAUUCAUCCAGCAGGCUCAAGAUAGGUUUGAAGAUCUGUGCAAACCUUUGGAAUCUCCACAGGAAGAGAUCACUUCUUCAGUUAAGGACGAUUUAUCAGAGGAACAAGCAGUCUUUGAUAUUGCCAAAUUCGCCAGCCAAGAUGAAAUUGUAAAGGAUACGUUUGUUGAGAAGGAUGAUGUUAAUGAUAUUGUACUUCAUGAAGCACCAGUUUUAGAAGAAAAAGAAUUCGUCAAAGAAGAGGCUAUUCCUCCAAGUGAGCCACAAGAAGAGUUGUUACCCUUGGAAAUUUCAUCACCAAAGUUAUGCGUAUGUCCACCUAAGCUAAAAGAAGAACCAGAAAUUCCAUUUGACAUUAAGACUGAAAAUAUUUCACCCGAGUUUGCAGAAUCCGCUAUUGUUACACCAUCGGAAGAAAGCAAAACUGAAGAACUUAUUGUUGCACAAAGUAAGAAUACACACUCGACUGAUAAUAAAAAUGUUAAACCUUUAAAAGCUAAUGUUCCAAAAGUACUACAUGACAAUUUUGAACAACCCCGUAAAAUACGUCCUCAAGUCACAGAUUAUUUGAAAAAUGAACUUCCAAUAUGUGCAGUUUUAGAAAAUCAAGACAUCCUCCAAGAUAAAACUACCCUAGUUCCACGAACGUUUUCUGAAAAGUUUAAAUGUGAAAUGCCCCUGAUUACAAGUACAAAAUCGAAAUCGAAGACGAAAAUUUCUGAUGUAUGUCCAUUAUCUGACCCUAUUUCUACUAAUUUGAUUCCUAAACCAAUAUUAGACACAUUUAAAUUAAUAAUGCCUCAAACUCCUUUGGCAUCAGCCAUUGCAAUGGAAAAUAAAAUGCAGAAACUAAUAACGCCUGCUAUGGGCGAAUUCAAUGAAGAAUUGCGAAAGGAACAUUUAAACGAUAGUGAAAUGUGUAAAUCCCCAAUAGAUCAGUUAAAACCUGAAAAUAUAAAAGAUCAAUUGAAAUGCAAAUCUCUAAAUUUUAUAGAAAAAGAACUUAAAACUCUGGAGAAAGGAAGGUUAAUGGAUAAAGCAUCAAUUGGUAAAUUGUCUGCACUUUUUAACCAAAAAACUGAACAAGAAAUAGAAUCUUUUGACAAACAAACGAAACAAAUAUGUAAUGAACUUGUUGCUGAAUUGUCGAAGAUUGUUAGCGAAUCAAAUAGUUCAAAAAGUUCUGUUUGUGGUAAUUCUAAAUAUAUUCGUCCGUUUGAAAUAGUCCCAGAGAAAUGUCUUGUUGGCGAUAAAAGCGAAAGUACAAAAUCAAAAGCCAAGCUAGUAUUAAAGUCUGAACUGGUCUGUUCACAACAUGUAUCAUCUGUAUGUGGAUGUAUUAAAUCGGUGCCAAAUAUUUCAAAUAUUGAAUCAGUCCAUGAAUACACAAAAUUAAACAAAGAAUUUAGUGAUCUACAAAUUAAAAGCCCAAUUUUAACACUUGGUGAAAUUUAUCAGGAAUUACAAAAUAAAAAACAUACCAGUAAUACAGAUUCUCGAAUAACAUCCAAUUUAAGUAAAGAUUUAGUUAAAAUAAUUGAUAAUCACUUGUAUCAAACAGUCAGUAACAAUUCUGGUAUUCCUCAAAAUUAUGAUGAACUGAAAAUAGAACUUCAUUCCGCUAUUCAUGAUACUGAAGAAAAUGUAGACGAACUAAUUUCAGAAGAAACAAUUAACACUUUAUUUUUAAAACCUCGUGUAUUUGAUGCAGAAAAUUCAGAAUUGUUUGUGAAUAAAAACAAUUAUUAUCGACCAGACUAUAAUUAUUCCUGUCUUCUACAUGAUACUGAGCAAAAGGAAGAUUCUUCUCUAGAUGUUAAAACUGAAUUAAUUCAUACAGAAAAUCAACUGGCGUGUGAUUAUUCCUACCGUCUUCCAACUGGUACUGAUCAGAAAGAUUCUUCAAGCGACGUUGAAACCGAAUCUGUUCUUUUUCCAACUUUCAAAAAACAAUUAGAAGGAAAGGAAAAGGAGUCUUGGAGUAAUAACAAAAGUGAAUCACACUUACGUAAAGAGGUUCAUUUUGUUUCUUCAACUUGUGAACAAGUUUUGGGCCAGUCAACCAAAAGCGAUGAAAAAAAAGUACGAUUUUCCAAAACAGAAAUAGUUUGUUCGCCAAGUUAUGAGACACAAAGUAGUGAAAUAUCUGCCCAAUGUAGUGUCAAUAUUUCAGCUUUUGAGGAACAAAAAGAUUUUUCAAGUGGCGAUAAAACAAAAUCUGAUCUUAAAAUUUCAAUACUUGUUUGUGGAAAACCUGAGGUAUUCAAUGAUUCAGAAAAUGUAGAAUCAGUUUUAAGUAAAGACGUUCAUCUUAUAACUCCUAAAUCAAUUCCAAAUAAAAUUUGUGUAACAAAUAAGUCAUAUGAUGAUUCUCUUGGUGUAAAUAAUCAGCCAGACUCGUAUUCUUAUUCUUCUCAAUCAUCUGAAGAACAGAAAAACGACGAUACAGAAUCAACAUAUAGUCUUGAAUUUUUGGUUGAAGAUCAUUAUGUACCAGUCUGUGAUUAUUCGUAUAUUCCAGAUUUUAUUGAUCAUAAUAAUGUAAGAAAUAUAACUAAUAACGCUGAAGUGAUUAUCGACGACAGUUACCAGUUACUAAAUGAUUAUUCUUAUUUAAUAACGUUUGGAAAACAUAAACAAGAAGAAGAGGUUAAAAAUGAUAACGUCGAAUCUACUCAAGACAUUCAUUGUCCAAACUGCGUUGAUUCGUAUCAUAUGAAUGUUGAAGAAUACAUUCAAGGAAAUGAGCUAAAACAUGACAACAUCGAAUCUUUUAUGGAAGGCAUUUCUAGUUCAGUCUGUGAUUAUUUGUAUGUCAUAAAUUUUAAAGAAAGAAAGCAAGAAAUUUAUAACAAAAAUGAUAACGUCGAAUCUCUUUCUGAAGUUAUUUAUCAUCCAGUCUGUGAUUACUCGUUUCUUCCUACUUUUGAAGAACACAAUCAAGAAAAUGAACCUAAAAAUAAUUACGUCGAAUCUCUUACUGAGGACAUUUAUCAACCAGUUUGCGAUUAUUCAUAUCAUCCUAGUUUUGAAGAAUACAAACAAGAAAAUGAAUCAAACAAAGGUUACGUCGACGAAUCUCUUACUGAAAGCUGUUAUCCAGUCUGCGAUUAUUCACAUCCUCCUACUUUUGAAGAACAAAAACAAGAGAAAGAGCCUGAAGAGGAAAACGUUGAAUUUCUUAAUGAAGGCAUUUAUAACCCUGUCUGCGAUUAUUCAUAUUCACCAACUUUUGGAGAACACAAACAAGAAAUGGAGACCAAAAUUGAUUACAUAGAACCUCUUACUGAAGGUAUUAAUAAUCUAGUCUGUGAUUAUUCAUAUCUUCCUUCUUUUGAAGAACAAAAACAAGAGAAAGAGCCUGAAGAGGAAAACUUUGAAUUUCUUAAUGAAGACAUUUAUAUCCCAGUAUCCGAUUAUUCAUGUUCUCCAACUCUUGGAGAAUACAAACAAGAAAUUGAGACCAAAAUUGAGUCUGAAGGCAUUAAUAACCCAAUUUGCGAUUAUUCAUAUCUUCCUCCGUUUGAAGAACAUAAACAAGAAAAAGAGUCUGAAGAGGAAAACUUUGAAUUUCUUAAUGAAAGCAUUUAUAUACCAGUCUGCGAUUAUUCAUAUUCUCCAACUCUUGGAGAACACAAACAAGAAAAUGAUACCAAAAUUGAGUACAUAGAACCUCUUGCUGAAGGCAUUAAUAAUCCAGUUUGCGAUUAUUCAUGUUCUCCAACUUCUGGAGAUCACAAACAAGGAAAUGAGACCAAAAUUGAGUACAUAGAACCUCUUGCUGAAGGCAUUAAUAAUCUAGUUUGCGAUUAUUCAUAUCUUCCUUCUUUUGAAGAACAAAAACAAGAGAAAGAGCCUGAAGAGAAAAACUUUGAAUUUCUUAAUGAAGACAUUUCUAUCCCAGUCUCCAAUUAUUCAUAUUCACCAACUCUUGGAGAACACAAACAAGAAAAUGAGACCAAAAUUGCUGAAGGAAUUAAUAAUCCAGUUUGCGAUUAUUCAUGUUCUCCAACUUCUGGAGAUCACAAACAAGAAAAUGAUACCAAAAUUGAGUACAUAGAACCUCUGGCUGAAGGCAUGAAUAAUCCAGUUUGCGAUUAUUCAUAUCUUCCUUUUUUUGAAGAACAAAAUCAAGAGAAAAAGCCUGAAGAGGAAAACUUUGAAUUUCUUAAUGAAGACAUUUCUGUCCCAGUCUCCGAUUAUUUAUAUUCUCCAACUCUUGGAGAACACAAACAAGAAAAUGAGACCAAAAUUGAGUACAUAAAACCUCUUGCUGAAGGCAUUAAUAAUUCAGUUUGCGAUUAUUCAUGUUCUCCAACUUCUGGAGAUCACAAACAAGAAAAGACCAAAAUUGAGUACAUAGAACCUCUUGCUGAAGGCAUUAAUAAUCCAGUUUGCGAUUAUUCAUAUCUUCCUUCUUUUGAAGAACACAAAGAAGAAAAUGAGUACAUAGAACCUAUUGCUGAAAGCAAUAGUAAUCCAGUUUGCGAUUAUUUAUAUCUUUCUUCUUUUGAAGAACACAAACAAGAGAAAGAGCCAGAAAAGGAAAACUUUGAAAUUCAUAAUGAAGGCCUUUAUAACCCAGUCUGCGAUUAUUCAUAUCUUUCUUCUGUUGAAGAACACAAACAAGAGAAAGAGCCAGAAAAGGAAAACUUUGAAAUUCUUAAUGGAGGCAUUUAUAACCCAGUCUGCGAUUAUUCAUAUUCUCCAACUUUUGGAGAACAGAAACAAGAAAUUGAGACCAAAAUUGAUUAUAUAGAACCUCUUGCUGAAGGCAUUAAUAAUCCAGUUUGCGAUUAUUCAUAUCUUCCUUCUUUUGAAGAACAUAAACAAGAGAAAAAGUCCGAAGAGGAAAACUUUGAAUUUCUUAAUGAAGGCAUUUAUAAUCCAAUCUGCGAUUAUUCAUGUUCUCUACCUUUUGGAGAACACAAACAAGAAAUUAAGUCCAAAAUUAAGUACAUAGAACCUCUUGCUGAAGGCAUUAAUAAUCUAGUUUGCGAUUAUUCAUAUCUUCCUUCUUUUGAAGAACACAAACAAGAGAAAGAGCCUGAAGAGGAUAAUUUUGAAUUUCUUAAUGAAGGCAUUUAUAACCCAGUCUGCGAUUAUUCAUAUUCUCCAAUUCAUUUAGAAUACAAACAAGAAACUAAACCCAAAAAUGAUUACAUAGAACCUCUUACUAAAGGCAUUAAUAAUCCAGUCUGCAAUUAUUCUCAUCUUCCUAUUUUUGAAGAACAAGAGAAGUCUGCUGAGGAAAACUAUGAAUUUCUUAAUGAGGGCGUUUAUAACCCAGUCUGUGAUUAUUUAAAAACUAAAGAACGGAGACACGAAAAAGACUCCUCCAAUGAUGAUUAUGGUGAAUAUCAUACUCAAUGCAUUCAACCAGUAUGCCAUUAUGAAAAUGAAUAUUUUACUGACAGUAAUUAUCAUCCAGUUUGUGAUUAUUCUUAUCAACUAAGUAUUGAAGAACAGGAACAAGACAAAGAGCCAAUAUUUAAGUCUUAUAUUCAAGACAUUUAUCAUCCAGUCUGCGAUUAUUCAUAUACCCCACCUCUUGAAUAUAAACAAGAAAAUGACUCAUUACAUGAAUAUGAAACCAUUUAUCAACCAGUUUGCGAUUAUUCUUAUAUUUUUCCAAUAGAACAACACAAACAAGAAAAUGAUCUUGAAAAUGAUUCUGCACAAGAUGCAGUAAUUUUUACAGAAACUGCAACUGUGGGUAAAAAGGUUAACUUUGUUCAAAAUUCAGACGAACCAAUCGAAACCAAAGAUCAAGUCAUAGAACCAGAAAUAGUUUGUACAAAGGUCUCUAAAAAAUUAGAGGAUUUUGAAAUAUCUAUUGUUAAAGGUAGUUAUCAGCCAAUCUGUGAUUACUCAUAUCUUCUUCCAACUCUUGAAGAGAAACAAGAAAAAGAGUCUGCAAGUGGUGAUAAAAGUGAAUCUAAACUCAUUAAACUCGUCAAUUUUGAUAAAGAAGCUGAUACUAUUCAAACUUCUAAACUAAAAACAGAUGAACCUUCACAGGAAAAUAAAUUGCAAAUGUCAAAACUAGUUAUAGUUUAUACGUUAAGAAGUGAUGUAUCGAAUGAUUUGAAAAAUAACAAAUCAUCUGAAAUUAAAGAUGCCAAUAAUUAUAAACCAGUGUACGAUUAUUCCUUUUCUGUUCAUACUUCUGAAGAACACGAAGAAGAAUUUUCCAUUGGCGGCACUUAUAAGCCCGUCUGUGAUUAUUCUUAUCUUCUUUCGACUCUUGAAGAACAAAAAGAAGGGUCGUUAAGUGGUGCUGAAAGUAAUCCCAUACUUACUUCUAAAGAUCCCAAUAUUUCAUCUGAUCCAGAACAUAAUAGUAAAAUGCCAGUAUCUGAUAAUACACAUAAUUUACUUAAAUUUCUUGGUAAUAAGGUCGAUGGAAUUGCAACAAUUGAAUGCAUUUCCGAUGCAUUAGCAAAGAAGAAAAAUACUGAAGAAUUUUUAGCUGAAAAUGUUGAUCAACACACAUCAGAAGAGCUAACCAAGUGCGAAAAUGACAAAGUUUUAAAUGUAAAUCAAAAUAUUACAAGUGAUGUAGAAGAACCUGAAAAGGAGGAUAAUAAUGUUUUGGAAUAUACAAAUAUGUCACAAUUGGCAGAGUCAGAACUUGUUAAUAGGGUAGCUGCAACAAAUGAAUGUGCCAAUCCCGAAGUCGUUCCUAUGAGUAUACUGCUACCGGAUGAUUUAAAGUUUGAAUUGAUCAGUUCAGACAAAAGAGAAGAUAAUAUUCCUGAAAAACCUAUUUGUAAAGAAAUUGAUAAUAAGAAAAUGGAGAAAGAACCGCAUUUAUCACCUGUUUCCUCUGAAGAACAUCCAACAUGUGUAUACGAUCUAUCAAAACAUAUAGACUCGGCUGAAUUACACGAAGGUCCAUUAUCUACCGAGGAAGUCCAAAAAAUUACUGAACUUGCAACUGAGACUACAGCUGAGACACUCAAAUUGAAAUCUUCAGAAUUAUCAAUAGACAUUUUAAAUGGACACAAACCAAAAUCUCAGACAAGGGACAAACUGGAAUUAUGCGUUGGUGAUAAGCCAAAUCAGACGAAAUCCGAAAAGGAUAUUAAAAAAAUUAAAAUUCUAUAUCCCGGCUCGAAAUUUAUGGAAACGUAUAACCCUUCUUCCUCACUUUUACAAGGAAACCUUUCGGCCAAUCCCGAUUCCAGUUCCAUUUCCCAAGAAACCUUAGACAAAUUCCUAGUUGCUUUUAGACAAAAGCUGGUUGAAAUUCUAGUUUCAGCUUUGUUAAAUUUCAAAAUAGCAUUGGUUGAAGAAAUGAAGAAUAUCAAAGGCAUUAAUUCAGAUGCUCUAUUAUCUCAUGUUAUUGAAAAUGUUCAAGCUAACAAUACACGUUUGGGUAAUGUCAUAGAAUGGAUUUUAUCGGAAGAUGAUGAACCUGCCAAAGAACAACUAAGUGAAACACAAGAAAUUGCUGCUGAGAUGACGGCAAUAGGUGUUGCAUCUACUAUUGCCGCGGGUGCAGCUUUAACAGCCGUUUUAUCUGAUACAAAACCCAAAGAAGAGGAAAAGCAUGAAGUGAAAGAAUCUGACGCUGUUAAGAAGACCCCUUUGAAAACUACGCCAUCAAAAGAAAAGAAUCUGGCUGUAAACGCGAAGAGUUCGGCAAAAAGUCCAGCUGUAUCAUCUAAAGCAUUGCCUAAAACUGGGUCGGCAACUACUACCCCGAAACUAUCUGCUAGAUCUUCAAAAGCUCCUACUCCAAAGACUGGACCUACCAAAACAAGUCCCGCUGCUACGAAGCAAUUAACACCUGUUGCCACGACAAAACAUUCAACUCCUAGUGUCGCACUAAAAUCAACACCCAAGACUUCUUUAUCGAAAACACCAACUAAACCACAACCAAUAAAAUCCACCGAAAAAAUUACCAAUGGCGAGACGAAAACAAGCGCAAGGCCUCCGAUUACAAGAAAACCUGCUGUAGAUCCCAUGUCCAAAAUGAAUUCAAAAUCUACAACUUCAACUUCAGCACCACCAUCUAGAUCAAAUGUAAGCAAAUUUGGUGCAAAACCGCAGCAAAUUACGGUUACAAAAGCGCCAGUACCACCUCGUAUUACACCUCCUACAAGUGCAAGGCCUAUUUCAUCAACGACGAGACGAGCUCCCGCAACUACCAAAUUGCCCACAGGAACUACUACAGAAAAGCCAACGUCUCUUGGUGCAACUAAGCCGUUGGCUACAGCGAGAGCAGCACCAAAACCGGCGCCUGCAGUUCCUCUGAAACUAAAACCUAGCACAACUGCACCAACCAAACCAAGAGUACCGUUAUCAUCAAAGCCUAUCAGCAAGGUUCAGCCAGAUACUGAAAAACAAAUCAAAGACAGUGCUAACAAAAUUACGGCCUCUAGAAGUGUAACUCAAAAAACAGGAGCAACUUCUGCCAGAACUGCUAGUUCAGUGAAGAAUGUCACUUCUACCAUCCACAAAGCAGAGACUAAGGUAUAUUAUACUAUGUAAUUUAUAGAAAUUCCAUAACUGGACUUAAAAAUAAUUUUUGUGCGAUUUUUGGGUUAAUGAUCUUAGUCCUUGGAUGGUUAACCAUUUUUUAUUUUGAUCUUUUAAUAUAAUGCGUUGUAAAACUGUAGAACACAGUCUGUGUACACAUAAUAUUUUUUGUGCUGGAUGAAACCAGAGAGAUAUCUUAAUACAGAUGUAUGAAACUUAGCUGUCGUAAUCUCGUCGAAUUCGCGCAAUGACGUAGUGUGGUGUGGAAAAUUUAAAUGGUCCAUAUGGAAACAAAGCAUAAUUCCGAUACUUUAUAGGUCAAAAUGGAGUAACCCUCAAAAUUAAAAAAAAGCAAUUUUCUUGCUUGUACUGUUUCCAUAUUCCAACCGUAGAUAAACUGGCUUACCUAAAACACAAUUAUUGAUAAAUAAGGCAACACAUUAUUUUUCACUUCACUUAUUAGUUAAAGGAUAUAAGUUGACAGCAACUCAUUUUCCAUUAAUUUCAUAUAACCAUUAGAGAUCAUUGUCUUUUUUUAGCUGAUAAAUCGUUUGCAAGUUGGAAAAAUAAAAGAGACUUGAUCCCUGUCAGUUCUGCUCCAACGAUAUGAGUUGACAGCAACUCACUUUCAUUAAUUGGAUAUAAUGCAUUCAUACAUUGUUGUCUUCUUUUAGCUAAUAAAUCAUUUGCAUGUCAGAAAAAUAAAAAGACUUGAUCCCUGUCAACUCUGCUCCCACAAUAUACAACUAACAAAGAAAUUGAUCGAAAUAAAACAAAUACAAAGCCAGAAAAUUUAACUCUUGAAGAUCUUAAUAAUUUUUUUAUUAAUAGUACGGAAAACAAUUCAGAAUGUAGAGAAACCAGAUAUACCAGCUACUUCCCUUAUAACUAUACCACAAUUAAAAAAUUCAAUGUUUUUUCAGCCAGUUACCCAAACCAAUAUAGAAUUAAUUGUAAAAGAUUUAAAAAAUAAAAGAACAGGAUAUUGAUGGAUUUAAUGUAUCUAUAAUGUAUUUCUUUUUUGUCUAAACCUUUAACUAUAAUUAUAAAUGCUUGUCUAACUGAAAGAAUAUUUCCUGAUAACAUGAAAAUUGCUAAGGUCUGUCCUCUAUUUAAAAAUGGAGACCCUUCUCAGCCUUUCAACUUCAUACAAAUUGCUGUACUUCCCAUAUUCUCCAAAAUCUUGGAAAACAUUAUGUUUAAUAAUCUAAUAUCAUAUUUAAAUUCUUCCAACAUACUCACGCCAUUCCAGUAUGGUCUUAGAAGGGGGCGAUCUACAAUAGAUGCAGUAUUAUCUCUAGUACAAUAUAUAGAAAAUUGUUUAGGUGUAUUUACAGAUCUAAGCUCUGCUUUUGACUGUGUGGAUCAUUCAAUUCUAUUAUCUAAACCAGAGAGGUAUGGAGUACGAGGGAUUUGUUUACAGCUUUUUGAAUCUUAUUUAACUGACAGAUGUCAGUCAUCAUCGAAAAUUGCAAAAGUUCAUUGAUGCAUAUCAAGAGAGGUGUCCCCUCAGGGCUCAAUUUUAGGUCCAUUACUCUUUUUGAUAUACAUUAAUGAUCUUCCUGACCAUAUGAAUUUUGAAAACCUUAUCACAUGUAUAUUUGCUGAUGAUACUUCUUUUUGUAUUAAUACUAAAAGAGGAACAGAUCAUGAUCAAGUUUACUCUGAUGUCAUGAUUCAGGCAAAGAGGUGUUUUUUGUAAACGACCUGUUUUUAAAUGACACAAAAACUAUCUCCCAAUUAUUUACAGUAAAUAGUGAACAAGUUAAUAACAAUUCUGUUAAAACACUUGGGAUUCAAAUUGAUCGACAUCUCAGAUGGACAGAUCAUAUUAAAGCACUUUGUUCCAAAUUAUCACGAGCAAUUUUUGAUAUCAGGAAAAUACGCCAAAUAUGUGGUCAAGAUGCAGCAAUUACUGCUUACUAUGCUCUAUUUCAUAGUCAUUUGACAUACGGGACAAUAUGUUGGGGCAAUGCUGCUGACACACAUAUCUCAAGAGUUUUUAUUUUGCAAAAAUCAGCCACAAGAGCCAUAACACGUGCUUCUUGGCAAGCCAGUUGUAGACCAGUAUUCAGAACUUAAUAUUAUGAAACUCUAUGCAGUAAUAAUCUAUCAAAACCUUCUAUUCGUAAGAAAUAAUAUUAACACAUUUUUUUCCCACUCAGAUAUCCAUAACUAUAAUACAAGGCACAAAGAUAACUUUGUCCCUAUCCAGUAUAGACUGGAAAGGACAAAGAAAUAUUAUAUUGAGCUACCACUUAAUUUUAGAAAUCAGCUUAUAGAUAAAUUUAAACAUGCAUUAAAACAAAUUUUAUCCAAUAAUUGCCUAUAUAGCUUAGAGGAAUUUAAAUCAAUACAGAUGGAGGAUGGAGGCUGUCACUGUGGCCUCUGAAUGAUUCAGUGAACUAUGUUGUAAAUGUUUGUAAAUUUCAAUUUUAUAUUAUUAUAUUUAGGUAAAUUUUAUUAUAUUAUAUAUAUUUAGUUUUAAUUGUAAAUAAAGAUAUUGUAUUGUAUGAAAGUUAAUGGCAUGUUUGGUUUUUGUUGAAAAUACAUAUUAAUCACAAAUCCACAUACAUAUUAAAAAUUGUAUUUUUAUCUUAUACACAAAACACAUUGGAUGAAGGGCUGGCUAAAUUAAUGUAAGAUCUUUACAUAAUCCUCAAAUAAAACUAUCAACAGUUAAAAACUUAAAAUAUAGAAGCACCCAUGAGACAGUUUUUGUGCUAAAAUUUAUACAUUUGCAAAGAUCUCCAUACAAACAGUCAAACUGUGCAUUAUUCGUCGGCCAUUAAAGCCUCCCCACCACAGUACGCCACGUCACGUGGUACACAAUGCACAGUAUCAUACCUUCUUUUUAUAGUAUUUACCAUACAUUAUCGACUUUUAUCUAUCAUUUAUCAUUUUAUGCGAUUUUCGCGAUUUCUUGAGCAAAGAAAAGUAAUAUCGAUCUUUUCCAAACUUUGAUUAGGUACGUUUGUAAGUUUAAUAAAUUGUCUAAUUCCGAACGAUACAUAAACCAUUGUAUUAUCUUAUAAUAUCUAUUAUCCAUAAGGAAAACUAUAAACUAAUGUUUUCCAAUUAUACUUUGAAAAGGAAAUUGAUUUCUUUUCUAUUUUAUACCUGUUUUAGAUGCAGAAUUUUUAUUAUAAUAAUAAAAUUAAUUGGGGGGAUAUGAAAG